CAUCGAAGCAUCCUCAUCUUCUGGGAUAUUACUACAAAUCGAAUUUAUUUUCAAAUCCAACAUGAAAUUCUUGGUGAUCGUUUUUGUGGCCCUUAUCGCCGUUGCCUCCGCGCUGCCUCAAUUUGGAUUCGGAGGAUUCGGUGGCCAACAGCAGCAACAAGAAGGAUUCGGAGGUGGAUUUGGGGGUGGAUUCGGACAACAGCAACAACAGCAGGAAGGCUUCGGAGGAUUUGGAGGAUUUGAACAGCAGCAGCAGCAGCAGCAAGGAGGCUUCUUCUAAGUGUGUUAUUAUUUGAGUACGACAACUAAAAAUUAAAAUAAAUUAUUUGAUAUUUUAAAAUACUUUUAAAAACAAA